AUGCCAACACCAAUACCAUUAACAAAAGCUAAAAAUCCACCGCCACUGCCACUCAACAUUAAAUCCAUCAACCAUACAUCGCAACACCAUCAACAUCAGCAUCAUCAGCAGCAUCAAUCACCAGCGUCGGCGAUGACGGCGCCGACACAACGCACAUCGGCGACGGCCCAUCAGCAACACGUUGACGCGACAACAACACCAACAGCAACAGCAACAAGAACACACACACAUGUGCCACAAAUCACACAACAAGCGUCAAUGGGAGCGACGACACAGGCGACGAGCGCCAAGCACACAAGGAGCCCAACGCAACAACAACAACAACAACAACAACAACACCAACCGCACCAAUUACACCACCAACGUACAACGCCAACAUCAGCCACAACAACACCAACAAAAAGCAGCACACAACACCAGCAACCGCAACCACAACAUAAAAGACUGACACCAGCUGAAUAUGCGCGAGCGGGCGGCGCCAUAACAACAACAACAACAACGCCAACAACAUCGGCUCCGACAUCGCGGGAACACACACCAACACGCAGCUCACAAUCACAAUCACAGUCGCAAUCGCAACACCAUCAUCAACUACAGCGACAAGCAUCAACCACACAACGCCAUCAGCAACAGCAUCAACAACAACAACAACAAAAAUCACAACAUUCACAACACGAACAGAGGCGCGAACUCGAUCGCAAGGGCUCGCAACGUGAACGUGAUCGCACGAAAGAGCGCGAACACGAACGUCAGCGGGGCGCUGUGCGCGAAGAUGAACGCGAGCGUGAACGUGAGCGAGCACGCGCAUUGGAACAUGAGCGCGAGCGUGACUAUGCUUAUGAGCGUUCGCGAGAUUAUCAGCGCGAGCGCGAGCUAGAGUAUGCACGUGAGCGAGAGUAUGCAGCACGCGAACGCGAAUAUGAGCGUGAGCACUCACAUGGCGCACGCCACAGCGAUUAUGCACGCGAGCGAGAGCGCGACUCCGAACUUCGUGAACACCCACCGCCGCCGCUACCAUCAGCAUCCGCAUCAUCAGCGCACUCACAUCUAAUACAACACCAACACCACCGCCAACAACACGAACACCACGAACAACCACAUUACAAUAAAACAAAUUAUAAUUCCGUUUACCAGUAA